GAUUAUUUCUCAUGCCUUUUCGAACUUGCGUUUCUCAAAGGGAGGGAAGCCCGAAAGAAGCUCAAUACUACAAACAUUUCUUCAAUUUUGGUUCAGACGGUGGUUUCAUGUGGCGCUCCCCGCAAGCGUUGCGACGUCUUUCGGGUUCUCUUAUGCUUGAUACCAAUUGCUGAAGAGGUUGCGAUUUCAAAAUGGCGACCGAAGCGGCUGUAGCAAAUGUGCCACCUUCGGUACAAACACCAGCUAAAAAUGCUGACACUGUAAUGGUGGACGCGAAGGAGAGCCCUGUGGCUGUUCUCAGUACGCCUGCUCCUGUAACGACCAGUCAAGUCGCACCAACUCCUCAAGUUGCCACCCCUCAGACGCUCGUUCCUGCAAUCAACCAGCAAGAAUAUCCAGCUGCUGUCGCCUCUAACGAGGCAGUUAUAAGUGAUGAGAGACUUUUUAUGGAUUCUUUCUACAAAUUCCACGAAGCUUUGAAGUCGAAGCCAACGAUUCCGAAAAUGGGCGGGAAAGACUUGAACGUACACCUUCUGUACAAAGAAGUAACAGCUCGUGGAGGCUUGCAACAGGUCAUCAGAGACAGGAAGUGGAAGGAAAUCACAGGUGCUUUUGAGUUUCCUCGCACUACAACUAGUGCGUCAUAUGUCCUUCGGAAGUACUAUGUAAAUUUGCUGCAUCAUUUUGAACAAGUUUACAAGAACGGAGCCAAAGGACCUCUUAUUCCUCCACCAGCAACUUUACCUGGGUCAAGCCCGUCUGUCCAACCUGGUGGUGAUCCAGCACUUUCAGAGGGUGGUGAUCAAGUCACCAAAAAAAGACCAAGAAAGCGGAAGAUACAAAUGCCGCUCAUUCCUCAAGUGGACCCCGCGGAGGCUAUUGGAACGUCAUGCAAGGGCUCAAUUGAGGCAAAACUUGACUUUGGAUACUUGAUUACAAUGGUUGUCGGUGGAGAGAAGCUCAAAGGUGUUCUGUAUCACGUUCCCACCGGAGUGAAAGUCCCAUCUCAGUUCACGAAUCUUCCAACCCUGCUGGCCAGUGUUAACGUGGACGCCGCAAAGACCACUGUGGAGAGCACCGCUCGUCGCAAAAGAAGGAGAAAGGAGGAGAUGCCAAAGAAGGACCCAAAUGCUCCGAGGCCAAACCGGACAGGGUACAAUUUCUUUUUCGCUGAACAACGUCAGCGAUUGAAGGCUCUGCAUCCUGAUAAGGAUCGAGAUAUCAGUCGAAUGAUAGGCGAAGCUUGGAACAGUCUUUCUGAGGAGCAAAAAACGCCCUACCAAGAACGAGGUGUGAAAGACAAGGAGAGAUUCAAAAGGGAGAUGCGUGAUUAUCGGGAGAAGAUGAAAAGCGGCCACUUUGAUAGUGCUGCUGACCUUGGUACAGGGCAGACUGUGACUUCUCCAGAAGAUCCCAGUGUUCCUGACCAACCCCUUGAGCAAGAUCAUGGAAAUGCAAUGGGGGAUGAUACUCCUCCCACGGGGGAGCCUACGUCUGAGACGCCCCAUCAGCAAACAUCCCAUGAACCAUCAAAGGGUGUUCCUGAUCAGUCGUUAAAUCAAGAGACACCUGCCUCUGUGGUGUCCACGCAAGGAGAGGGUUGAUAGCUCUUCUUGUAGUUUCUGGAUUUAUGUUGGUUGGUAGUAAAGACUAGUAGAGGCAAACGCUUAGUUCAUGGUGAGGAAGCCAGCAGUGGCAAGACAGUCUUCCAGUUUUCGAUGUACCAUACAUUAGUCAGAGGGUUCAGUGGAUAGUCAGUCAGGUUUAGGAUUGAAAGGUAGAUUCCGGUUUCAUUCCAAGCAACCCUGUGGAGGAUCUUGCUUCACGAUUGUCAUCAUGAAGCGCUUCAUCAUCCAUCUGCCAACACUGUACAGAAAUCUGCCAUACUUGGCCAGCUUAGCUUUAUUCCCCAUGGCGACCAGCUCCAACCAUUUUCUUCGAUAUUUAGACGAAAAAAAUCUCAUAUUCUCGAUUGGAAAUUCUUUUGUUUC